GACCUCUUCGGCGCCACGACCUUUGCCUCGCUCUCGAUCCUGGCGGCGGCCAUCCACUUGGCCAACGAGCGCGACGCCAAUGCGUACUGGCGGUCGCUCACGCUCUCGGUCGUCUCGCUGCUCUGGGCGCUGCGCCUUGGCUCGUUCCUCUUUCUGCGCAUCCACGGCGCCGGCUCGGACAACCGGUUCGACGACAUUCGCAACGCGCCGCUCAAGUUUUUCUCGGUCUGGACACUGCAGGGUCUCUGGGCGUUUGCAACGAUGCUGCCGGUGCUGUUACUGCACACGCACGCCGGGCCGCAAGUCGGCGUGUGCGCUGCCGACAUCAUUGGCUUGGCGCUCUGGCUCAUCGGCUUUGGCACGGAAGUCGUAGCGGAUGCUCAAAAGACGGCGUUCAAGAAGGACCCAGCGAACCGCAACGCGUUCAUUAACGUCGGUCUUUGGUAUUACAGUCGCCAUCCCAACUACUUUGGCGAAAUCCUGCUCUGGAUCGGCCUCACGGUCGUCUCGGCGGCCCAGCUGACAACACCCGGGUACAUUGUCGUCGCGUGCUUCUCGCCUGCGCUGGUGGCCACGCUCCUCAUUUUUGUGAGUGGCAUCCCGAUCCUCGAAGCCAAGGCGGAUGCAAAGUGGGGCGCCGAGCCGUCGUACCAGCAGUACAAGCAGCGCACGAGCAUCCUCAUUCCGUGGUUUACCACGUCGCACUCGCACCUCGAAGUACGUAGUCCUGCGUAA